AUGGGGAAUAACCAGUUGCCUCAUGUCUACUUCCCGUUUUUCCGUUGGACUGAAAGGCUGGCCAGGAACAUCAUGGAUGACAUUGGGGAUCACCAUAUGGUGGUCCUGUGUGUGCUGAAGGGAGGGUACACGUUCUGCGUGGACCUCGUGAAGUACAUUAAAGUCCUCAGCCGGAACUCCAACAGAUCCAUUCCCAUGAGAGUGGAUUUCAUCAGGCUAAAGAGCUAUUGUAAUCAUUCAACAGAGGAUAUGCAGAUAAUAGGACGUGGGAAUCUUUCCAUUCCGACAGGCAAGGUAUAUACACUUGUGUUAGCUAUUGUUGACACUGGCAAGACAAUGAAAGUCCUUCUAAAUCAUGUUGAGAAAUUCAAACCCAAAACGGUAAAGGUUGCAGGCUUGCUGGUGAAGAGAAUAACUAAUGGUGGAGGAUACAAACCAGAUUAUGUUGGAUUUGAAAUUCCAAACUGCUAUGUAGUGGGAUACGCUUUGGACUACAAUGAGUAUUUCAGAGAUCUCAAUCACAUAUGUCUCAUCAUAGAGAAUGCAAAAAUAAAGUACCAGAUUUGAAGAUCACGCCUGUCCGCUU